UUCCUCUCUCUUUCUUCCUUUUUAGGACUUAUUUUUCCUUCGUACAUACUGUUUUCACUAAAUCAAUACAUUUCAUAACAAAAUAUUAUUUUCUUUCUUGUUUCUUUUCCUUAUUAUUUUGUACAAACAUAGAAGCUAUUUUACUCUACACUUUUUUUUGUCAAUUAGCUGCGCUAAGACCGUCGUUUUCUCUCUCUAUCGUUUCAGUCUCACGUACAAACCUCUCUUAAACAAUCCCGGUCUAUAUUUCAACCAGAACCCAUUCAUCUUUAUUAUUUCAACAGAAACAGAAACAACUAACCAAAAAAUGACAGCCAAACGGUGGUGGUCGCCAUCACACAUGCUCCCUCUCUACAUCCUAUUAUCUACCAUUCCAUUUGCAGUGUACGCUACUGCCAACACAUGCAUCACCAACGGUCAUUCACUGAAUCGCAGGGCCAAUAUACCUACCGACAGUAGCAGCUUGUACAAAGUAGCGCUAUUCAAACGCAACUCUUUGAAUGCUGCUGCUGCCUCUGCCUUGGUAGUGUCUGGCCGCCAGUGCACAUCCGAUAUGCAAUGUGUCGGAUACCGCAACGGUGAUCACGAUAAGCCUCAGGGAAUGGGUAAUGCUCAUGCUAUUGAUUCUUCGAGGCGAAAGGCGCGGCUGGGAGAGUACGCGUGUAUUGAUGGCACUUGCCGUUAUGUCGUUAAGUCUGGCGAGCUGUGUUUGAGAGCCAACGACUGCGCGGCUUUCCAGCUCAACCGCCGAUGGAAACUAGCGGCAUCGGCUCAAAACACAUCAUCCGCCAUCGGACAGAAUGCUGAGACUUUCGACGAUGACGACGACGAUCAGGCGCAGGCAUGGUGCGCGCCUCAGUUUUGCACGCUCGAGUCGACCUGCGGCGGCGCAUGGACUCUGCCGGGUGCUCCCCGAGACUUACCUCCAGGCGUUGAUGCUAGCAAAGCGCUCACCAAUGGCACCAUAUCCUGCUGCCGCGGAUUCCUGGACAACGCUCAGUGUGGCGUAUACAGCGGUGCCGUCGACACAUGCAGCAGCGGAUUCUCGUGCGUCACACCUAACAUUGUCGACCCCUCUGCCAUGGACGACAGAAUGGCCAUAUCGCGCAACGCUAUUGUCGAGCUCAGGCAGGCCGCCCUAGAGGACGGCAUGCCAAUGGGGAAGUGUGUCAGCCAGGAGCCGCACCAGCAAGUGUGGAUUGGCGUUCUGUUGGUGCUUAUUGGCGGUGCGACGCUCAAUAUAGGCUUGAAUUUGCAAAAGUACGCGUUUCGGAAGCGGCAGGAGAAUAUUGAGGCUGAUUCGGCUGACGCCGCAGCCAUUGCUGCGGACAAGACCACAGCGUUUUCACGGUCACCGUCUGCGCCCAGCGAAAUCUACUUUUACUCGUCCGAGGCUCUGAACACGCACCAGGGCGGGAUGGCAAAGAGAAAGUCGGCUGCGUAUUUGAAAGAGCUGGCGGAGGAUUGCCAUGCCACGCUGAAUGCCGCAUCCGUGGUGUUCCCUGUUUCGGCGGCCUCCAACAUGCGGAGAGCAGGAAACAACGCGGGCAUCCUGGAAAGUCGCGCUUCUGCGUCGUUUACUGAGGAUAACGGAAUCCUCGAGGUCUCGGAUGCGGCCUGUCGCGAGCAACACAGGCAACACGAGACAGUGAGCACCAAUGCUAAGCAGCUGUGCUUCAGUAGUUGCAAUAUGCCUGAAGACUUAGACGCACACCCAAUUAUCCCGGUCGCCGGGAGACAGCCUUGGCAGAGCAGGCUGCGCAACAAAAUUUUUGAGCGCAAGCUGCGCAACACGCCCUUCAGCAGCCCGGUCUGGGCUAUUGGCCUGGUCAUUUUUAUUCUCGGAAACGUGGUCAACUUUGUCGCUUUGCAGUUUGCGCCCCAGUCCCUGGUGGCCCCGCUGGGUGCCGUAUCGCUGGUGACCAAUGUCAUUAUUGCGCCCCUGUUGAACAACGAGAAGAUCAGCAUGUUUGAUAUUGGCGGUAUCGCGCUGAUUAUCGCCGGCUGUGUCAUUGUCGUGGUAUUCAGUGGAAUUGUUCAGCAGGACUAUCGGCUGUGUGUGCUUAUCCAGUUGCUUAAGGCCAAGCCAACCGUGCUUUACCUAUGCUUGAUUUUUGCCGCCAUCUUGGCCAUUUAUGUUUUCCUGUGGAGCAUCGAGAGAGGUAUGGCUCGGUAUCUCAUGGAAAACCACGAGAUCGGAGAUGGAGACGAUGCGGCCAAUGCUAGCAUUGCCAAUGCUGCUGACUCUGCUUCUGCACCCGGGCACCCUGCACUUGGGCAGAGCAACAAAAAGACCCGUCGGAGUUUGGACAAGAGUCUGGAAAAUACUGACAAAAAUAACAUUAGAGUCGGCCCGUUGGCCAUCCCGACAGCGCUAUGGACUGACGAAUUGUGGACCACCGUGUAUGCCCGCGCGGGCAGCGAGGACAAGGUUUUGCACAACAAGUCCGACGAGAAAAAGCAGCCGGUUGGCGAGCUUCCAGUUGGAAUCCACGCAUUUGAAGAUCCGACUGUGGUGCAGCAGGGACAGGGCAAGGCGUGGCAAUCGCGACUUGGCGAUAGCGGCGAUAUGAAUAAAGUCGAUAGCCAAAGACAACUGCGCAAUUUGCUGGCCAACAUGGAUAUGGACUAUGACCGACACGAUGAGGCCAAUACUACAAAUACCAGCAACGCUUUGCUGCACCAGAAGGCCCGCAAGAGGUUUGGUAAUACACGCCUGCAGUCUGCAUACGCUCGCGUGUGCUCAGUGCUGUUUACUCACCCGCUUAUGUGCCUCGACAGAUAUAUCCAGCCAAUCAGGCCGACGUCACGCUAUGUAAAGUACGGUCUUCCCCUGGCAUACGCAAGCCUGGGAUCAUUGAUGGCGACAUUGACCACGCUGUUUGCAAAGUCUCUCGUCCACCUGUUGUCUGUAUCAUUGUUUGAGCAUGAUAACCAGUUUACUAGUUUUAUCGCGUGGGGCAUUCUCUUAGUUACCGCUUUUACUGCCGCGUCGCAGGUAUACUGGAUUAACCAGGGGCUGCUGCGCUACGACGCCCUACUACAAGUUCCGGUGUUUUACGUUGUGUGGACGGUGUUUGACAUUAUUGGCGGCGGCGUGUAUUUUAACGAGUUUAAAAUGUUUACUACGCUGAAUUGUAGAACCGAAUACAUCAAACCUAUUUUAGCUUUCAUCCCAGUUGAAAAGCUAUUCUUGACAAUUUGGCGAUACGGAUUUAUGUGA